AUGAACGAGAUAUCAAGUCCUACUGAAACGACAUUCUCCAAGGCCGAAUACUUCGAUGAGAAGGAGAGCAACAAUGACCCCAAGAGCAGUGUCGAUAUGAGUGAAGAGUAUGAGGGACAGAACUCGUCCGUUGAGGCCGUUCGACUUGUCGUACCGGUCACCGACGACACCAGUCUCGUGGCACUCACAUUUCGCUACUGGGUCCUAUCGACCUUCUUCAGCAUCAUUGGCGCCGUCGUCCAACAAUACUACUUUUAUCGGACCACCUCAGGAACGUUCUCGAUCUUCUUUGUCAACCUGGCGUCGUAUGCUAUGGGCAAGGGUAUGGCACGAGUCCUCCCUGUAGGAUCUUUCACUAUCAGAAAGGUCGCCUUCUCCUUCAACCCUGGACCUUUUAAUAUAAAGGAGCACACUUUGAUUGGAAUCACGGUGUCGACGGCUGCCAGUGCUGCCUACGCGAUUGAUAUCCUUUCGGCUACGGACCUCUACCUCAACUACAGGAUCAAUGCUCUGGGAUCUUUGCUUCUCAUACUGUCGACCCAGUGUAUUGGAUAUGGCAUGGCAGGCGUCCUGCGCAAGUACCUCGUCUACCCUGCAGAGAUGGUCUGGUGGUCCAACUUGGUCCAGAUCGUCUUCUACAACGCCAUCCACAACACAGACGAAUUCAAGGUUCGGAAAAUGAUCCGCGGAUGGUCCUACAUGAAAUUCUUCUGGAUCUUUUGCAUCGGCAUGUUCCUGUACGAGUUCAUCCCCCAGUACCUUGCUCCACUGCUGGUAUUCUUCGAUUGGGCCUGCUGGAUAUCUCCGUUCAACAGAGACGUCUGGGCGAUCUUCUCGUCCAUCUCUGGAGGAGGGGUCCUUGCGCUGUCGUUCGAUUGGAACUCGAUUAAUGGGUCAACCAUGUACUACCCCCUGGCGGCACAGCUGGCCAACUAUGGAGGCAUGAUCUUCAACUACUGGAUUAUCCUGCCCAUCAUGUGGCUCACCAACGCACUCGGGACACGGACGUAUGGUAGACCGCUGACCUCACGGCUCUUUCAUGAGAACGGCACCAAGUUCGACAUCAAUACUGUUCUGAACCCCGACUACUCGUUGAAUGUGGUCAAGUACGAUGCUGGAACCCCAGCAGUGAUGACUCCCCUUUAUGCUAUUGUCUUUUUUGUCAGCUUCGUAUCUCUCUCAGGUUGUGUAUCCCACAUUGUCUGCUUUCACGGUGCCUCGAUUAUGAGCAACUGGAAACGCGCAGUCGGUGGCGAAGACGACGACAUUCACACCAGGAUGAUGAGAGUCUACCCCGAGGUCCCUCAACUGUGGUAUGCAGCCUUCUACCUCAUCAUGGCAGGAUUGGCCAUGUUUGUCUGCGAGACGUAUAUCAAGCAGCUGCCUUGGUGGGGCCUCCUCGUUGCUCUUGCUAUCGGAUGGGUCCUCACACUCCCGAUCUGCGCCAUGACUGCUAUCACUGGAUUCGGACCGGGUCUCAAUGUUAUCACGGAGCUGGUCUGUGGCUAUAUCCUCCCUGGAAAACCCAUCGCCAACAUGACAUUCAAGUGCUACGGGUACAUGUCCAUGUACCAGUGCAUGAACCUGCUCUGCGACCUCAAGCUCGGACACUACAUGAAGAUUCCUCCCCGCUCCAUGUUUAUUGGUCAGUUCUGGGGGACAUUGGUCGGCAGCUGCUUCAACUACCUGACCAUGAUCGUCAUCAUUAACUCUCAACGCGAGGUCCUCAACGGUAAUGAGACAGACCCCAAUGGACUCUGGACGGGUCAACGCGUCGAAACAUUCUGGGGCUCAGGUCUGAUUUAUGGCGCCCUGGGACCCGCAAGGAUGUUUGCGCCCAAUGGCAGGUACGGGUUCGUGUACUAUGGCUUCCUUGUUGGCGCUGUCAUUCCUGUCAUCCUGUGGGUCCUGUCCAAGGCGUUCCCACGAGUCUCGUGGUCGAAUGUGAACGUAUCCAUCAUUGCUGGCGGUAUGUCUGCGUUCCCUAAUGGCUACACGAUGAGCAUCCUCUCGGGUCUGAUCUGCUGCCUUGUAUUCCGGUUCUACAUCUUCCGGUACCAUAAGGGGUGGUGGCAGAAGUAUGCCCUGAUCCUUGCGUCUAGUUUUGACACUGGUGCAGCGUUUACAGGGCUCGCCAUCUUCUUGUUUCUCGGCGGAGGCAUCUCAGCCAAGGUGAGGGAUUGA